GUCGACCCCAUCCAUCUCCAGGAAGUCCAGCUGGAGGGAGGAGGGCGAGCUGGGGAGGCGGGGCCCGGUGCCUGGGAGCAGCCCAGAUGGCUGGCAGUCCCCAGCCUCAACCCAGCCACCGAGUGGGAUCCGAGCGCCGGCCGACGUGCUCCGGUGCUUUCUCUGCCUGAUGGCCAGCUCCCACCCUGAUCCUGAACCCGAACCCGAAUCCGUGUUCCCACGGGAGGUCCGGCUCUUCACCGACUCUUACUCGGAGAGCAGCCGGUUCUGCUUCUGUGGGCACGAGCUAAGCAUCACGCAGAACUUUGGGUCGCGCCUUGGGGUGGCGGCACGCGUGUGGGAUGCGGCUCUGAGCCUGUGUAACUAUUUCGAGAGUCAGAAUGUGGAUUUUCGAGGCAAGAAGGUGAUCGAACUGGGCGCUGGGACGGGCAUCGUGGGAAUCUUGGCUGCGCUGCAGGGGGGGGAUGUUACCAUCACUGAUCUACCACUGGCCUUACAGCAGAUCCAGUAUAAUGUCCGCGCUAACGUACCAUCUGGAGGCCGGGUGAAGGUCUGUGCCUUGUCCUGGGGAAUUGACCAGCAUGGCUUUCCUGAAAACUAUGACUUGGUGCUGGGGGCAGAUAUUGUGUAUCUGGAACCUACCUUCCCACAGCUGGUGGGGACCCUCCAACACCUGUGUGGGCCCCAGGGCACCAUCUACCUGGCCUGCAAGAUGAGAGAGGAGCAUGGGACCGAGAGCUUCUUUCGGCACUUCCUGCCCCAGCACUUCCAGCUGGAGCUGGCCCAACGGGAUGAGGAUGUGAAUAUCAACAUCUAUAGGGCCAGGCACAGGGAAGUGAGACCUGCUGGGCCUCACCCCUGCUGCUGA